GACGCGCCGCUCACGCGCGUCGCGCUCGCGCUCAUUCGAUUCUACCGGACGCAGAUCUCCCCGCUCACGCCGCCGUCGUGCCGGUUCGUGCCGACGUGCUCGUCCUACGCCGUGAGCGCGUACAAAAAGUACGGGCCGUGGCGCGGGUUCGCGCUCACCGCGUGGAGGAUCCUGCGGUGUAACCCGCUGGGGGGGAGAGGGUACGACCCG